AUGUCAUCUCGGCAGCCGAGUCCCCCCCCCCAUCAGCCCCCCCCCCCCGUUCGCGGGAGCAAGAGUGUGGAUGCUGGUUCCAAUGCGGGCAGUCCUGCGAAGAAAGCCAAAGCCGGCUCACUUUUGGUUGGAGUUGGCGACCCUACUCAAGUCGAGACCGUCGUGGAGACGCUAGUCAAUAUUAUUGACUUUCUGUCUGCCAAGGGCAAGGGCAUGGCGCAUGAUGGCGGCUACUAA